CGUUUCCGGUUGCGGGUCAGUCCCAGCGCGUUUUGUUUGGGUGCUUUCUUCGCCGUCUGUUUUUGUUUCCUAAUCCGCUCUCAUGUACCGGACGCCGGACCGAGCUCAGCGGAGCCCCGCAGCCCCGCGGCCGGCUGUGAGAUUCCCCUCCCCGGCCUCCGGCUGGGGUUACCCCCGCUCGCCCUACGGAAGGUCCGGGCAACGGGGAGCAUCUCCCCGCGGCUGCCCCGCUUACUCUCCGGCUUCCCCGGGUUACUCCCCGGGCUACUCCCCGGGCUCUCACAGAGGAUACAGGGACGGCUCCCCGGUGGGGUUCCGGGACUCUCCAGCCGGGUUCGGCAACGGGUCCCGGGGGUUCGGGGACUCUCCAGCCGGGUUUGGCAAGGGGUCCCGGGGAUUCGGCAACGGGUCCCGGGGAUUCGGGGGGCAAAUGCGGUGCAGAGGGAGCGGAGGUUUACGGCGACCUCAGUCCUUUAGUCCCGCCUCAGCUAACUUCCAGGUGGAGAAGUACUUCAGUCCGUCGAUGCUACAGGAUCCCUGGGCAGCUCUGCAGCCCGUCGCCGUCAGGAAGUAACCAGCAAGAGACACUCAACAGACAGGAAGCAACCAGCAAGAGACACUUAACAGACAGGAAGUAAACAGCAAGAGACACUCAACAGACAGGAAGUAACCAGCAAGAGACACCGACAGACAGGAAGUAACAACAAAACAUCAGCAGCACCACAAACAGUUUCUCUGAGCGUGCUCAGUAGAUCAGCUGAUCAGAGAGAAGACCUUCUGAGCGCGCUCAGUAACCAGCACAUUUCACUGAUUUCAGGGAUUUUUACUCAAUGAACUGACAAUGUUUUUAACAAAGUUUUUACAUUUUUAAGCGUCCAAUUCUUCUUCUUCUUUGAGGGUUUUAUU